AUGGCUUCCUCUCCAGCGUGGAAACUUCGGGUUCUUAACCUCGCGGCCGAUUACAAAACGGCCCUCCAAGAGGGAAAUUUCUCAAAGUUUGCGGAAAAACGAGGCCAUGCCAAUUACACCGAGGAUGAGAUUAAGCGCAUGGCCAAUGAAUUUCCUGGGAUAGAGACAGUCAUGGAGGAUCAAACCAGGAGCCACCAGGGGCUCACUGAUGACUAUAACAAGGUCACCGAUGAUCUAGAAUCUGGCGGCGCGGAUAAGCCCACUGCUAUAGAACGAGUUAAAGCACAGGCUGAAAAGAUGAAAGCGGAAUCUAUUGCCAAUAUCGACGCUAAUACUAAGAGAGUUCUGGCUUUGAUUGAGAGCCUCCCUGAAGACCAGCAGGAUCUGGCCGCUGAUUUCUGGGAGUCGCUCAGUGAUGGGUUUAUGAAAUUUUGGAAGGAAGUUCUAAAUGCAAUCGAAAGAAUCUUUGAGGCGGUGGUGAAUUGGCUUAAAAAGGUUUGGGAGCAAGUGAAGGCGUGCUGGGAGACGGUAAAAGGGAUCUGGGAUGAAAUUUGGAAGUGGCUGGAAGGUCUCAAGGCUUGA